GUUUAACGUCAAACCAAUGAAAAUUCUCACUGAUAUGAUGAAGAAACUGAAGAUACUGAGAAAUGAAACAUCACAGCUGUUUGGUAUGCAGACAGUCAGUUUGAAGUUCAUUCUGGUCAUUCUUUGGCUUAUCACAGGUGAUGACUGUUGGACAGUAACUGUUCAGACUGGUGGAUCUGUUAUUAUUCCAUGUCAUUAUGAGAGUAAAUACACCCAACACAAGAAAUACUGCUGCUAUCAAUCAUCAGGAUGGUACAGUUCAUGUUCUCCUAUGGCAUAUGCAAAUGAAACCAAAAGAGACUUGUCAGUAAUUGAUCAUCCUGAUCAGAGUUUAUUUACUGUCACUAUGAGAAACCUCCAGCAGAAAAAUGGAUAUUACUGGUGUGCUGUGGAAAUUGAAGGAGACUGGGAUGUGACAGAGUGGUUUUAUCUCAAAAUUCAAUCAGCUCCUGAUCUCUCUGUGAUGUCCAGCAGUGUAACUGUAGAUGAAGGUGGUAAUAUCAGUGUACAGUGUUUCUACACUUCUGCAUACAAGAAAAAACACAAACAGUGGUGCAGAUAUAAAAACAAGAGUUGUUACACAGUGGGAAGAUCUGACACAUCCCAGUAUUCAGUUAAGAUCAGUGAUGAUGGGAGAGGAUCUUUGACUGUGGUGAUGUCUGGACUGAUGAAGAGUGAUUCUGGCUGGUAUUACUGUUCUGUAGGAGAUCUACAGGCUUUUGUUCAACUCACAGUCAAUGAAAGCAAUCAGCUGACACUAACAGCACAGUCUCAUCUGAGUACUGCCAGUCAUCUUGUCAGCAGACCUACAGCUCUCUCUAAUUUAAGACCAACUCCUAAUAACAACAAUCAAACAUCAAGCAGUGAAGGGCAACAUUUUAAACAGUAUAGUCAUCUGAAGAUUUGGCUUCUACCCAUUGUUCUGCUGCUGAUUCUAAUUACUGUGACAUCUGUAAUACUGAGAAACAAAUACAGGAGAAAAAACAAUCACAUCUCAAAUGAGAAAACAGACAAAGCCAUUAAUGAAGACAACUCGGUUAAUUCAUCCUCAGUGAAUCCUAAAUGUGAUGUGAUGUACAGUUAUGUCAUUAAUCUUCCCAAGACUGAAGCAUGUGGACCAGCAUAUGUAGAGGAAAAUGUGAUCUACAGCUCUGUGCGUGAAUAGGUGUUUGGACUGGAUUAAAUACUGAGCAAAAUAUGAACCCAGUGAUACAAACAACAAAACAAACUGCUGUUUUGAUAAGAUAUGACAUUAUAAAGUUAUUUUAGCAUGUGACAUACCCACCUCUUUAUUUAUAAUUCAGUCUGAAUAUAUUUGGUUUAUUUAUGUAUGCAUACAUAGAAAGUAUGUGCCUAAAUGGGUCUUAAUUAAAUAAACUGUGUUUGUAUUUCAUUCACUUUUAGUUGAUUUAUAUAAGCAUCUUCAGACACAAGUACGUUGUUUUGUGUUUGUAAAUAAGUUAGGUUGUAUUGUGAUUUUCUUUAGGUCUAAACAUCAAAAGAAACUCUUUUCAAUAAAAAAUUGCUUUUGAAUGUUUUAUUAUUUUCUGUGUAACAUUUAGCAUCAUGUAUUUUUCACAUCAGUGAUUUUUGUAUUAGUCUUUUAAG